AGCGCGCGCAAAGUUUCUCUGUGGGCGUGUCGUCGUUCGUGCGCGACACGGCGGUCAGCCAAGAAAGCGUAGUGGAGAGGUGGAGAGCUGUCAAAAACAUCCUGCAGGAGAGGAUGGGCAGCUAAAUAAGUUGUCCUAAAAUAGAAUAUCACCGCAACCAGGCAUUGCUGUUCUAAACAUCAUAUUGAUAUUCCCAGGGCGUGUUUUCAGCAUCAUAGGUAACACACUCAAGAGGAUCCAUGUCUUUUCUUCGUUGGGUAUCUGAGAAAUUGAGUGUGGAGUCCCUGCGGGAUUUGGAGUUAUUUGGAGAGCAAGCUCAGGGACUCUCUCACAGGAAAGCCCAUGAGGACAGUCAGGAGAGUCUGACCUCCCUCCCCCGUCGGGACACCAUGGGAAGCUUCCUCCCUGACAGCAGCUCAUAUGAGCUCCUCACUGUUAUAGGCCGGGGCUUGGAUGACUUGAUGACUGUGAACCUUGCUCGAUACAGACCCACAGGAGAACACGUAGCUAUCAGACGGAUUGACUUGGAGUCGUGCACCAAUGACAUGGUUACCCACCUGCAGGGUGAACUUCAUGUGUCGAAGUUGUUUCACCACCCCAGUAUUCUACCUUACAAGAGUGUCUUUAUAGCUGAAAACGAACUCUGGGUCAUCACCCCCUUCAUGGCUUAUGGGUCAGCCAGAGAUCUGAUCUGCACACAUUUUACUGAUGGUAUGAGUGAGCUGAGCAUCUCAUACAUUUUACUGGGCAUGCUAAAAGCUCUUGAAUACAUCCACCACAUGGGAUAUGUGCACCGGAGUGUGAAGGCAAGCCACGUGUUGAUCUCAGCAGACGGACAGGUUUGCAUGUCCGGUCUGCGGAGUAUUUUCAGUUUGAUCCGUCAUGGUCAGAGGGCAAAAGUUGUUCAUGACUUUCCUCAGUACAGCAUCAAGGUGCUGCCCUGGCUCAGUCCCGAAGUGCUGCAACAGAACCUGCAGGGCUACGACUCAAGGUCAGACAUCUACAGCCUCGGCAUCACAGCCUGCGAACUGGCAAAUGGACAUGUCCCCUUCAAAGACAUGCCGGCUACACAGAUGCUGUUGGAGAAGCUAAAUGGGACCGUGCCAUGUUUGCUGGACACCACCACUAUUCCACCAGAGGAGCUGUCCAUGAAACCAUCCCGCUCUGGGGCUGACUCUGGGAUCUGCGAGGGUCCGGGGCCCGGAGGGGUCAGACACUCCAACGGAGAGCCUUCCUCAACAGGACACCCAUACAACCGAACCUUCUCCCCACACUUCCACGCCUUUGUUGAACUGUGUCUACAGCGAGACCCAGAAAAGAGACCGUCUGCCUCCACUCUCAUAGGCCAUCCCUUCUUCAAACAGAUCAAACGCCGGCCCUCGGAGGCGCUGCCUGAGCUGCUACGGCCUGUGUCGCCCAUCACCAGCUUCGAGAGCUCCCAGCGACAGGACUCUCCCUCUGGACUGGCCAGUCUGGAGUCGGGUCUCAGCCACCUGGAGGUGGACGACUGGGACUUCUGACAGUGGAGGACUAAGUGGGGAGACACUUGUAGGAAUCUGAUGGGAAACCCUCUGAGAAGACAGGACGAGAUCUAUUUUUCUAAUGGUCCCCUUGUAAAUAAUACAAAUUUCAAACUAAAACGAGUUGCUGUUCUCAGAGACAAAGGUUAAAAGCCAGCAGCCAUCUUGCCUCUUUUUGAUGUCUUGCACGCUUUUGUUCUCUAGAUAUGCACAGACUCUUGCAAAGCACUGAUGGCCUCUCUCUCUCUCUCUCUCUCUCUCUCACACACACACACACACACACACACACACACACACACCCACCCACACACACACACACACACCUGUUUACAGAUUGUAAGCCCCCUGGAGCCAAAACACCACAGGACUCCUCUAUUCCUCAUGCUGUUGCUGAGGUGUCAGAGGAGGGUUUAUGGAUGUAGAUGUAGCCUAAACCUAAAGAUUCUCAUGAAACAGAUCAGUGAGAACCUGCUACUAAAUCUUCAGAGGGGACUCUCUACCUCUUGUUGGAACGUGGCUGCUGUAUGUGGCCCAUCUGCUCAGUGAGACCACUAUAAGGGUGCACACAAGCCCUCACAGCUGACUCAUUUAGCCCUCUACACCAGAUGGAAGGUUUCGAUUUUGCCUCGAGGAUCAGCUAAAUGAACAACUUGUAUAUGCAUUUCUUUGCUCUCUGUCUGUGUUACAGUGUAAACUACAUCUCAUGCUUUACACAUCACUUCUGCUGCACAGAGGUUAAGUAUAACACCUGUUUAGUUUAACCUUCAGAGCACAGAUGUAUUUCCUUGAACUUACUGAGCGUGAUGUUACUUAUGUCAAAAGUGAAUGUUACAUUGGUGCUUGUUUUGUCUGCAUGUAUUUGAAAGUGAGGACAAAGCAAAGUGUUGCAAAUGUCAAACUUGACCUUUAACAAUAAACAUAGUUCACUUAAAUGUUUUAACUUAAUGAUACCACACAAAUCAUCCAGUAAACCUUAUA